AUGGUUCGAAUUGGAGCCGCCGUUGCGGCGCUCAGCGCCCUGAUCACGUCCACCGUUGCCGUCACUCCCAUGGUCGUCCGUGGUGCCGACUUCGUUAACAGUGUUGACGGUACCCGCUUCCAGAUCAUUGGUGUUGCAUACCAACCUGGUGGAUCUGGUGGCUAUAAUGGCGAUGGUAAUGACGCUCUCACAGACGCUGAGGUCUGCCAAAGAGAUGCCGUCAUCCUACAACGCCUCGGCAUGAACGCCAUCCGUGUCUACAACCUGGACCCUGAUGCCGACCACACCGAGUGUGCCUCCAUUUUCAAUGCCGCCGGUAUCUACAUGAUCAUCGACGUCAACUCGCCGCUUCCCAACGAGUCGCUCAACCGUGUGGCUCCCUGGGAGUCCUACAACGAGGGCUACCUCGAGCGUGUCUUCAAGACUGUCUCGGCUUUCAUGAACUUCCCCAACACUCUCGCUUUCUUCAGCGGCAAUGAGGUUAUCAACGAGGACUCGCACCCCAUGGCUCCCGCUUACAUCCGUGCUGUCACCCGUGACAUCAAGGAGUACCUUGCCGAGCACAGUGACCGUGAGGUCCCUGUCGGUUACUCUGCUGCCGAUGUGCGUCCUCUUCUGGCCGGUACCUACAACUACAUGGCCUGCAACUUGGCCAACGACACCGCCUCCAAGAUUGACUUCUUUGGUCUCAACUCGUACGCCUGGUGCGGCGACUCAAACAUGGAGGAUGCCGAGUAUGAUGUUCUGGUUGAGCAAUUCGGCAACACCACCAUUCCCAUCUUCAUGUCUGAAUACGGUUGCAACCUGGUCGCUCCUCGCCCCUUCACUGAGGUCGGUGCCCUAUACGGCACUGAGAUGACGGGCGUCUUCUCCGGCGGCGUCGUCUACGAGUACAGCCAGGAACCCAACAACUACGGUCUGGUCGAGAUUGACGACAGCGGCGAUGUCGAGCUCUUCGAGGACUACGAUCUCCUCCAGGAGCAGCUCAACCAGCUGGACCUCGCCACUCUUACCGCCACCAACCGCACUGCCAUGGAACGCACUGCUCCGGAGUGCUCCCUCGACCUCCUCAUGGGCGCCAACUUCACCGAGAGCUUCGCCGUUCCCGAACAACUGUCUGAGAUCGCCGACCUGAUCCGCAACGGUGUUGACGGUGAAUGGCCCACCGGUGUCACCGAGAUCACCGAGACUGCCGUUGGCCACCGCGUGACCGGCAGCAACGGCAAUGAGGUCUCCGACCUGGCCCUCAACAUCCUCGCCGAGGACGAGAGCAACCUUCCCGGUGGCGAGCCCAUCAGCACUGGCGAGCGGGUUGACAUUGGCGAGGGCGACAACGGCGUGGGUGGCUCGUCUGGCAACAGCAGCAGCGGUAGCGGCUCCAGCUCCGGCGAGGAGGACGCCGCCGUCCGCCUUGGUGGUGCUCAGCUCACCUUCUUGACCAUGGGUGCCCUUGGUCUCGGCAUGUUCAUGCUGUAA